AUGUAUUUUGAAUAACAAUUAUAGCAAACAUUUUUUGAACAACAAAUAUCUGGACAUUCUAUAUUUAUAAAACUUAAUAAUGGUGAAUUUGUGGCUAAAUCAUGUUCAAUGGAAAAUAACAAUGAGCAAAAGUAGAGAUCUAGAAUAUUUUAGUUUUUAUGAAUGGAUUUAACAGAUAUAAGGGUAUGAAGAUUUCUUUUCUAAAUAUAAUGGGAUUAUUAAAUUGGAUGGAAGUAAAGUUAUUGAAUAGCCAAAGGUGGAUAAACUAUAAUAGUAAUGGCUUGAUUCUUUAAUUGAGAGAAGAUUUAAUCGAAACAAUAAAAGUAAAAAAAUGUUGUAGAGUUAUAAGAAUAUUUGCUUUUAGAAAAUUUGAUAAAAAAUUAGAAGAACCUUAGAAUAAUGGAUAUCAAAUUGGGAUUUACUGUUGAAAAGGAAUCGCAUAUCAUGCGUUAUUAAGAAUCAACUUCAUCAAAAAUUGGUUUAAGAAUUUGUGGAAUGAAAAUGCAAGAAGAUGAUGAAACAAUAGUUUUUAGAGACAAACUUUGGGGUAGAUAGAUAUCUGUUGAUGAAUUAAUGGAAGCAUUCAAAUAAUUUUUUAAUACUAAAAGAAAGGAUUGUAAUUUAUAUGAUGAAAUAAUUAGAAAUGAUAUUAAAUUUGAGCUAAAAAGUUGAGUAGUUGAAAAUUUUUAUAAAAUAAAAUUGUAAGGAAGUGAUUUCUUGGUAAGGAACAAGUUUACUAAUAAUUUGUGAUAAUUUGGAUGAUGUAAAAAUUCGAUUGAUUGAUUUUUCAAAAGCAAGAGUAGAUAAGGAAUCAAAGAAAUGUAAUGAAGAAAUAAUAAAGGCUUUGAAUAGUUUAUAGGAAUUAGUGAAAUAGAUUUGAUG